AUGUGGAUAAUUUGGCAUCAUGGACUGGUACAAUUACUACACAAACAAUUCAAACAGUGUGCGGGAAUUAAUCGUCUGUCACGUACUAUUAAUAUUAAUCCUGGCAAUUACGAUCCAAAUAAUUUAACACCGUCUACUUGUAUGCUAGCAUGUUCAUCAGCUAAUUAUUUAUUUUCGGCUGUUUCAUCAGGACGAUUUUGUUUUUGUGGAAACAUAAAUAAUAAUUUAACUUCGCCUAAUACAUCAUGCAGUGUAAUAACAUGUUCCGGUGAUCCAACGACAUUUUGUGGUGAUCAUGAUUAUGAACUUAUUUAUACUGGAGCUAAUUACUCCGCUUCAAUUCAACUAAAUGGAAGUAUGGGAAGUUUACAAGUAGAUCAACAGUAUCAAUUCAGUGUUUCAUAUCAAGGAUUUGUUAGUACUAUCUAUUAUCAAGUGAUGUUUGGCGAUGGUGGUACAACUGCUUGGAUUUCGGGGAAUAUCAAUGCAACAGAAAUAUUUCAACAUACCUAUUUAAUGACUGGUCAGUUUCUUGUCACUGUUUUUGCUCGAUCUGCAGUCAAUUCACCAAUUGUUCAAAGUACAAUAUCGGUGACUGUUGUUGAUCAAGUAACAGAAAUGGAUGUAUCGUUUACGUGUCCGAAUAGUUCAUUAUCUAAUCAACCUGUUUAUUGCCAAUUAACAACUGUUCGUGGAAUGGGAAUGAUUGCUACGUUCUAUUAUAACGAUACGAGUGUUUUACGAACUAUUGCAAAUAUACCAGAUACACAAUAUUUCUCGUACGGUUUACCUGUUACAAGAUAUCCUCCACUGGACUCAACGCCCCUUGUAGGAAUUGCUGCAACCGAUAUAAUCUUGUUAUCACAGAGUGUGGUGACAACAGCUGGACGAUUAGUAUCUAUGCAAUUCUAUGCCGUUUCAUCUGGAACUGUGACAAUUUAUCUAUUACGACCUAAUUGUGGUGCGAGUCAACCGUAUGGUUAUGAUUCUAAUGCAUGUGGCAAUUACUCAGAACCCAUGAUGUUUCGAUGUAGUAAUGGUACAUAUUCAUCAAUACGUCAAUCUUGUUUAGCUGGUUGUCAAACACGUCAACAACGAACACAACUAUCAAAAUAUAACAUUUCGUACAAUGUAGUCUUAACUCUAAAUAUUCCAAGUGUUAAUGGUUCAAAUCAAUAUUUAUUAAACACGGCAAGCACAAUGAAUAAAACAGUGUUAGUCGGAGACAUAUUUGGCUUUUUAGCCAAUUCAGCAGUACCUCUCAUUGGUAAACAAAUUUUAACCGAUAAUACUCAAGAUUAUAAAUGUACACCAACGUGGACUAUACCAAGUCAACAAUUUAAUUGUACAUCCAAUUAUUUAGACGUAAACAUUACCUAUCGCUUUAUGUUACAAGCAGUUGUUGUUCGAGCGAUAAUUAUGGCACCGAUAAAUACUUACAUGACAGCGGGAAAUUAUACGAUACGAGCUAGUUUAUCCCAAGGAGGAUCAAUAUUUAAUCGAACAUCCAUAUUGCCAAUAGUACUAGGGAUACAAUGGGUAUUUGUCAAUGGCCCAUUACAUGGGAAUACUAAUGUACCUGAAACAUUUACGAUCACCUACCUGCCUCAAGAUGCUACACCUCCAACGUACUCAUGGUCAGUUAAUAGCCAAAAUUUUACAACAUCGAACAAUACAAUAGUUUAUUCAUUUGUCAAUUUUGGUAUAUAUACAAUUACGGGUUGUGCACUAAGUCUCGGAUCGAUUCAUUGUAAUAGCACUCAAAUAACCAUAGAAGAUAGGAUAAACAAUUUAACGUUACGUGCCAGUAAUAUGUCAGUAUCAGCAUCUACGCCAUUACAACAAGCGAAUUUUACGUUAUUGAUGGAAUCUGGCUCAAACUAUGUAUGUGAAGUUAAUUACGACCAAACAUCUUACUCGGCAAGUUUUACCUAUCAAUAUGCAUUUGGUUAUGUACCCGGUUCAAUUAUUACCUAUCGUUAUCUACAAGUGGGAAUAUACAAUGUGUCAAUUUAUUGUGUAAAUAAUAUUAGCUCACAGACAUUUAGUCUUACCCAUUAUGUUCAAUUACCCAUUGGUGGAUUACAGUUACAACAAUAUGGUGCAAUUAAAAAUUUGAAUUACAUAAUUAAUAUUACAAUAGAACAAGGAACAAGUCCAACAUUUAUUAUUGUUCUAAAUGGAACACGGUUGAGCUAUGUCUACAAUCCGUCAAAUGGUCUUGCUCAAACACAACAACUUACUGGACAGUCAUCGGGAAAUUAUUCAAUUAUGGUUAAUGCAUAUAAUUAUCUAUCAAAUGUGACAUACAUUGGUGUGUUUUCCAUCGAUACGCCAAUUCAAAAUCCUCAGGUGUUUGCAUCCAGCUAUAGCAUAAUGUUUCCUGGUCCAGUUAAUUUCACAUAUACGAUGGAUUCGGGUAGCAAUAUUGAUGUCAGUUUUUAUUAUGGUGAUGAGCAGUUAGACGUCACCUCGAUAACCACAACAUGUACCCAUCCUGGCGAUUAUCCGUCUGGUAGACCAUUAAGUCAAUGCAGUCCAAAUUCUCAUACUUUCAAGAUACCAGGCAAUAUCACGGUGAUAACAAAAUUUUCUAAUUCAUUAAGUACAAUUUAUCGAUAUACUACUGUUGUGGUUACAACAUCUGUUAAUCCAAUUCAAAUUAUGACUAGUGUUGGAUCAGUUGUUACUAAUUCAUGUAUCGCAUCCUAUAUAAAUAAUUUAGCUGUGGCCAAUUUUAUUAUUCAGAGCCAAGAUUUAACAUCAAAACCAGCAUCGAACGCUCAAGUCAUUAUUACACCAGAUGCGACAAAACCAAAUCAAACACAAGGUCCCUAUGUAUUAACAAUGGAUUACUAUUCAACACCAACACGUAGUAUAAGCGGUUUAACAGUUUUGUAUUCAAAAUUAGACAAUUAUACAGCAUUGUUCCAAGUUACUAAUAACUAUGAUUCCGUUGUUAUCAAUUGUACUGUGCAGGUUGUAUCCAUUUUACAAGAUGUUUAUUAUGCUAUAACAUCGACUAAUUGGCCGUUGACUUCUGCUAUACCAUUUAAUGCAUCAGUUUACAUUGGUGAUAUAAAUCCAGGACCUAUUACACUUACAUGGAAUUUUGGUGAUGGCACGCCGUUAAUAAGUCGAAGUAGAAUAGCUGAUACAGAAGUACAUUUUUAUACUGCUGUUGGCUCCUAUAUGAUGACAAUAACAGCAGCUAAUAAUAUAAACAGUAUUUCAAAUUCUUUUCAAGUCUAUGUUCAAUAUGCAGUUCAAACUUUUACAGUUAACAUACCAAAUAUUAUUUUCAGUCACAGUCCUGCAACACUUAAUUUUUUCGUACAAGAUACAAGUACGCCAAGUGCUUCAAUACCUUUUGUAUUAAUUGAUUUUAAUGAUACUGCAACUUCAUCAAUUGUAAAUGUUAGCCUUCCAUACACUGGUUCCUAUACUUAUAAUUCAUUUGGAAUAUUUUAUGUGAACUUUACCGUGUAUAAUCGAAUUUCAAGUGUGACACAGAUAACUAAGGUUUCGGUCAAUGCUCCAUUUACUAAUUUUGGAAUAACAAUUUGUUAUUUAUUACCCACGAGAACGAGUUCAUUAGAAGAUAUAUGUAGUCUUGUCAAACGCGGUGGUCAAUCCAUUGUACCAAAACAAAGUCAAUUGGUUAUUUAUGCAACAUGGUCAAAUAUAACUGGUAUACCAGAUACAUUUACGCUAAUAUUUAGUAAUACAUCAUCGUAUACUUAUACACAAAUUUAUUCCAUCAAUCAAGUUACAAAUAUGUUCAGUAUUGUUGGUACUAAUUUAGGAUCGCCGUUAUAUCGGAUUCUAUACGAUUUGGAAACUAAUAUGAAUACAAUGGUAAUUCAAGUGUCCAAUCCAUCUUACUCAUCCGUAGCAUCAACAUCUAUUCAAGUGAUGUCAGCUGUUGGCGGUAUGUCAAUAAGUGAUCGAAAUGUUAUGAAUAGUAUAAAUACACAAAAAAUGUUUUAUACUUUUUAUACAAAUUUUACACAAUAUUCAUGUUUAUAUAUUCGAUAUUCUGAUUCAACACGUGAAUGUUAUGGUGAUCCACUCUCAUGUUCUACAUUGCCAUCGGAUGAACCAACUCUUAGUCCGUGUCUUACUACGCUACCAUUUAGUUAUACUACACCUCCUACAACAGUGACAUUUUCAAGAGCAUUCAAUCAAUCACAAGGAUUUGUACACGGUUUCGCAUGGAAUCAGGCGACAACAGCUACACAAGAAAUCUAUUUUUCAUUUCCCAUUACUAUUGAUAAUUGUAAUUUACCCUAUAUUACAUUUGAUACUUAUAAUCCUAUUCUCCGUUGGGCCCGUCAAGUUCUUCUCAGUAAACAGUUUUCAGUUAGUGCUUACACAUCAUUAAAUUGUUCAAUGUCAUUGUACAAUACAAAACAAUGGACAAUAGCACAAUGUGAUACAACAAGUCAAUUGUGCACUAGAACAAAAACAUUAGACAAUAUUAUUAACGGAUUGUCGUCGUCAAAAACAGCAGAAAUCUCCAUUCCAGCUCAAACACUUCCGUAUGGUUCAUAUCAGUUUAAUUACACCGUUUAUAUGAAUUUAAAACAAACAUUUUUAUCCUACGCAACAACGUAUAUCGAGGUUAUUCAAUCAAGUAUUGUUGUAAACAUGUUACCAAACGGUACAUCAUCUAUCACUCGAGGCAUGUCACAAAAUCUUGAUUUGGAACCUGGUAUCUGGUCGAUCGAUCCAGAUUCAACGUCUUUUGCUCGUUAUAAUUGGUCUUAUAAUUAUUAUUGUCGUAUUUAUGGUCAAUCGGCUUAUCCUAAUUUAAACGGAUUACAAUUUACGAUAGACGAUAUAAGAAUUGAUGCAAAUAACCCAUCUUGUUUUGCGGAUGACGGUAAUCAAACAACGUAUAAAUAUGGCCCAGAUAAUGACAAAUCUAUAGUGUCCAUAAAUGCUGGUGUAUUACAGCCAGGUCAAACAUAUGAAUUCACAGCAACUUUAACCAAUAUCUAUAAUUCUGCUUUACAAUAUAGUGGUUACGUAUUAGUUUAUAUUCAAGAUAUCAAUUCUGUUUCCGUAUCUGUAUCAUGUAUUAUUAAAAUGUGUACACCUAAUGCUGAAUAUCAACGAAUUAAUCCUACAACACAAGUAAUUCUCGCUUCAACUUGUGAAGAUGAUUGUGUUAUUGCAGAAAAUGUCGAAAUAUUAUGGAGUGUUUAUCAAGGUUUCGUUACUAAUUAUCCAAAUACAGACGUUCAAUGGGUGCUAUACCCAAAUCUGACACAAUAUCUCGGAACAUGGUUUUAUGGCGUAGAUUCGACAAAUUUUACAGCUACAAAUGCUUUGUUCACGAAUAAUCCAAAUAUUCUCUAUUGGCGUUUUCAAUCAAUGUAUAUUGUAACUGAUAAAAACGGUGUAUCAACUGGGUCUGGAUCAGUUCGGUUUUUAAUCAAUACUCCACCAACUAACGGAACAUGUUCAAUUGAUUUAACAAACGGAACUACGAGCACAGUUUUUACCUUGACUUGUUUAGGCUGGAUCGAUACAGAUGGGAUACAAGAUUAUACAUUUUACACAUGGACAACAGAUAAUAUAAGUCGAACAACAAUUGGUUUUACUACAAAAACAAGUUUACAAGUUCGGUUACCAAUGGGUAAUCCUACAUUAAAUUUGAUAGCUCAGAUACGCGAUACAAAUGGUGCGAUUACACAAUAUUCAAUAGCUCAAGUUACGGUGAUAGCAGAUAAUGUAACAUUGAUAGAUUUUCUACAGCGCGUUCAAGAUACUGGAAUACUUAGUACUGGUAAUGCACCCUUUGAAAAGUUGUUAUUUUCUGGAGAUCAAAAUACAGUUAGUCAAGUUUUAUUAUCAAUGUCACAAAUGUUAAAUGCUAUGAGUGACGCUAAUGAACAACUGGCGAUGAUAGAUAUACCGGCGGCGGGCAUUACAGUCUCUCAACUUGGUGCAUCAGCAGUUUCACAAAAUCUGUCAAAUAUGGCAAACACGACGGUGGCCAUGGCUAAUUACAGUAUAAAUUUGAAUUUACGUGCUAACGCACGUGAUUAUAUCAUGCAAUUUAUCACUAAUCUAACUAUAACUAAUGUCGAUAGUAUUCAACUUCAAGCAGCAAUGAUAAGUGGUCUAACCAAAUCAACAGCCGAAUUAACUCGAGAAGCAUCGACUCUGGCUUCGAAUAAAUGUCAACUAUUGUCAUCUGCUUUGAAUGAAAUGGUACAAACCAUUUCAGCGGAAGAUGCUUUAAUUGCAUGCAAUGGUGUUUCAGUAUGUACAAGUAAUACUAUCACGGUAAUAUUGGAUCUUGAUUACGAACGAGCAAAUAUGUUGCCUCUCGAUUAUGAAACAGAUCUGGAAACCGUAUGGUCAAAUCCUAAUUUAUUUGCAGAAGGUGAUGACUUUUCCUGGGAAACUAUACAGAAAAAUCGUAACAUAUAUUAUCAACAGCAAACGUCAGUUGCUGUCUCAUCACAAGCAGAUAAUUCUCUAUCCAUGAUUACGAAUGUUUUGAGCUAUCACAUAAAUAUUGGUCAAAAUACUGUUAUUAAUGCAUCGGCUAUAUCUAUCUCAUUACAAAAAACGAAAUCGAGUGAAUUGACAAAUAUUACAAUAUCGCAAUCAGAUGAGGCAAGAGUUACUCUACCAUCAAUUAAUUUUUGUCAGACAAUGACACAAGUGCAAAAUUGUACAGAUAACACUCCAAUUACGCUUAAUUCUAUAAUGAUGCCUUUAGCAGCAGCCGGUCAGAAUGGACGUUCAGUUGCUAAUAUAAAUCUUUCAACGAGUGUUUCACUAACAUUUUUGGAUGCAACAGGCACAACAAUAUCAAUAACAAAUUUGAGUGCACUAAUUGAAAUAAUCGUUCCACGUGAAAAAAAUUUAAGUCCACCUCCGAUGACGUAUCAAAAUGUGACGAAUGUAAUCGCAUCACACAUAUCAUCAUCAAAUAAUAAUAAACAGUUUUUUAUUCAUUAUAUCAAUAUAACCCCAACGAACAUAAAUCUAACAUUAUCUAUAAGUUUUGAAAUGAAACCAGUUAAUCUAAAUCUUGGCUAUAUGUUAAUAAUGAAAUUUGAUGGUAUACCAAUGUUAAAUAGUACAAAAAAUAUGACUGAUGGUUGGGAAGUAUUAUGUCCGACAAAUCUUAUAUCAACAACAGAUGGACCUAUUUACAGUUACUUUGUAAAUAAUAUACAAACAAAAAAUUAUCUAUCGGCUUUUUUCGGUGUUAGAGAAUUGAAUAAUUCCGAAUUAGAAACAUAUUGCCCAACAAAUGGAAGUGCUAUACCAACUGGUCCCCCAAUUAACGAUCAAGCAGCUAAUUUCUCAUCAAAUUAUGAAUUACGUCUAUACACAUCGGGAUGUUACUACCUUGAUAAUAAUUUAAAUUGGCAAUCAUCUGGACUUGUGGUUGGUCCGCAAACAAGUCAUGUACUAACUCAGUGUUACUCAAGUCAUUUAACCACAUUUGCUGGUGGAUGGGUAGUGUUACCAGCACCUAUUAACUGGAAUUAUGUAUUUGCAAAUGCUGAUUUUUCAAGAAAUAAAACCAUCUAUUUAACCGUUAUUCUAACUGCAGUUUUAUAUCUCAUAAUUGUAUUCUAUGCACGAUAUAAGGACAAAAAAGAUCUGGAAAAAUUAGGUGUUACGCCAUUACCAGAUAAUCUUGUUGCUGAUACAUAUUAUUAUCAAAUUAUUGUAUUCACAGGAUUAAGAAAAGAUGCUGGAACGAAAUCAAAAGUACACUUUAUAAUAUCUGGCGAUGAUGAUGAGACAGGUGUUCGGACAUUGGAAGAUCCACAUCGUAGAGUAUUUCGACGUGGUGGGGUUGAUGCUUUUGUGAUGUCUGUUCCAAAAUCAUUGGGUCAAUUAAAUUAUAUUCGCAUUUGGCAUGAUAAUACGGGUAAAGGUGCAUCGGCAUCAUGGUUUUUGAAAUACAUUGUUGUACGUGAUCUUCAAACAAUGGAAAAAUAUCAUUUCAUUAGUCAACAAUGGCUUGCUGUGGAAAAAGAUGAUGGAUCGGUUGAUCGUCUACUUCCGAUAGCCGGUGAAGCACAAAAAUCAGAAUUUGCAUAUUUAAUGUCGAAAAAGACAUAUAAUAGUAUGAGUGAUGGUCAUUUAUGGUUCAGCGUAUUUUCUCGUCCACCAUCGACACGAUUUACACGUGCCCAACGUUGUACAUGUUGCUUUGUUCUACUAUUUAUGUCCAUGUUAAUGAACAUUAUGUACUAUGAUCAAACACAAGAAUCGAAAAAAACGACAAGCGGUGGUCUGUCUAUUGGACCAUUUUAUGUUACACCUCAACAGAUUGGAAUCGGUGUUAUCGUGGAAUUAAUCUGUUUUAUACCAAGUACAUUACUUGUCGAAUUAUUUCGACGAUCAAGACGACGAAAGAAACGACCAUCGCCCACUAUUGAAGCAAUCAAAAAAAUACAACAUCAACAGCCACAACGGCAUGCGGGUUUGACAGAUGUUCAACCACAUAUGACAAAUUAUAUUGUCAAUCCAAAUCCAUCACUUUCCACAAGAGACCUUGAUACAAUGCGUACAAAUCUUGCAUCACCAUUGCCUACAACUACCAAUAUAAAACAACAAUAUGGAGUACGCAGAACGAACGGAAAACGAACAUUUCCAUGGUGGUGUAUAAUAAUUGCCUAUUCCAUUUCAUUUAUUCUUGUAUGUAUAUCAGCAGUAUUUAUUAUUGCACGUGGAAUCGAAUUUGGUGAUUUAAAAACACAAAAAUGGUUAACAUCAUUAAUAUCAGGUACUAUAUCAGUUGUACUUUUUGCAAUAUUCUUUGCACUAAUUAUUCGGAAAGAUGAUGAUGAACUCCACAUUGAAGAUGAAGAAGACAUAUAUUUGGAAGAUGAUGAAGAAUAUAUGCAUAUGGAUCUAUCAUUACUUAGUAUUCGUUCGAAAGUCGGUUAUGUGCCAUUAAAUGAAGCUGAAAUAAUGGAAGCAAGAGAAAAACGUUUGAAAGAUAUAAAAAUGUGGGAUAUUAUUUGUGAAAUAAUUGCCUAUGGCUCAUUUUUAUGGACAUUGUAUGUAGUUAGUUAUUCAAAUCGUGAUCCAAAUGCAAAUCUUAUUGUUCAACAUUUAAGAAACUAUUUUCUAAAUGUCGAUGUGCCUCUUGUUGAUUAUACAAAUAUGUUUCAAAUAGAACAAUUUUGGUAUUGGUUAAAUCAAAGUUUUGUGCCAAAUAUCCGCGCUCAAGCAUGGUAUAAUGGUGACCAACCAUCAAAUUUAAGUGGAUACAUAAACGAUAAAACAAAUCGAAUGAUUGGAUGGGCAACAAUGCGACAAUUACGGGUUAAACCAGAUUUGUGUACUAUAAAGGAAGUAUUUCGAAAUAUAAUUAAUAUUUGUGAAGUGGAGUACAGUGUGUUUGCAGAAGAUCAUCGAAAUUUUCAACCUGGUUGGUCGCUCAAUGAUACAAAAGAAGUUGAUUAUAGGUCAACAAUUCUCGAUGCCUUCACUUAUCGUACAGGUUCAGAAUUAGACAGUUAUGGUUAUGCUGGAGAUCAUGCAACGUAUUCUGGUGGCGGUUAUAUGUAUGAAUUUCGCGGGCGAAUGAUUGAUAUUAUACAAAAUAUUACAAUGUUAAGAGAUUUAUCAUGGAUCGAUGAUAAAACACGUGCAGUUUUUAUCCAAUUGAAUAUGUAUAAUCCAAAUGUGAAUAUAUUUACAUUUGUGACAUUUGUAUUAGAAUUCUUGCCAACCGGUGGUGUUUUUACCGAAGCACGUUUUGAACCAUUGAGUUUUCUAGAAUUCACAGAUGGUUCUGCAUUAUUCAAAUUGAUAUGUUCAAUAUUGUAUAUGGUAUUUAUUAUUUAUUACAUGACGCAUGAAAUACGCUUAUUAAUUAAAAUGAAAAGAGCUUAUUUCAAGGAUUUUUGGUCAUAUACCGAAUGGGGAAUAAUUACAUGUUCAUGGGGUGGAUUUGGUAUGUAUUUAUGGCGUCUUUAUGAAGGAAAUCGUAUUAGUACAUUAUUUGCCAAAACAAAUGGUUAUACCUAUAUAAAUUUACAAGUAGCAAGUUAUUUGAAUGAUGUACUCACAUUUUUAUUAGGUUUUUGCUGUUUUUUUGGUACACUAAAAUUUUUACGCCUAUUAAGAUUUAAUCGUCGUAUGUCUAUAUUGGCAAUAACAUUACAAGAGGCAGCUCGUGAUCUAUUAUCAUUUGGAUUGGUAUUUUCCAUUGUAUUUAUGGGAUUUUUAUGUUUAUUUUAUCUCAUAUUUGUGACAGAAUUACUGGAAUGUUCUGAUUUAUUAAAAACAGCACAAAUGUGUUUUGAAAUGAUGUUAUUAAAAUUUAAUGUAUCAGAUUUGAUGAGCGCUGAACCAGUGUUGGGACCAUUGUGUUUCUCAUUAUUUAUCGUAUUUGUUGUUUUCAUAUGUAUGAAUAUGUUUAUAUCAAUAAUUAAUGAAUAUUUUAAACGAGUAAGAAAUGAUCUUUCAAAACAAAAUAAUGAAUAUGAAAUGAUAGCAUUUAUGAUUAAUAAAUUUAAAAAAUGGUCAGGUAUUGGUCGUUCAAAACAAAUUGCACAAUUACAUAUAAAUCCAUUUGAUGGUACCCGAGUCCAUUACCGCGAUCAAAUAUCCUAUUUUCCGGAAAAAAUUGAUGAAUUAUUAAUUGCAUUAAAUAGAAUCUAUAUUGAGAAUAAAAAAAACGAUCCAAUAGCCUGUACCGGAAAAAAUCAACUGAAAAAACAGGCGCUGUUAUUACCUAUUGCUGAAAAUCAAAUGGUGAAAAAACGUAAAUAA